GGGUCCAUCCGACGCCCGAAACGGGUCCAUCCGACUCGGGCCCAAAGACCUAUUAAGUUCCCGGCCGGCCCGUACCGAGUCCGAGCGUCGAUCGAAGCCGAGAGACGAUGGCGAAGGCGGCAGAGGGGGCUGUGGCUUCGCCGGCGAUCGUGUGGAACGAGAAGGACGGGAGGUUCGAGACGGAGGACAAGCAGGCCUUCCUCCAGUACCACCUCCGAGACGUCACUAUCCUCGCCGUCGAAGGAGGCCAAGCUAAGGAGAAGAAGAAGACGGCGAUGGACGUGGUCCACACCUACGUGCCCAGGAGCAAGCGGGGGUUGGGCCUGGCCGGCCACCUCUGCGUCGCCGCCUUCACCCACGCCCAGCGCAAUUCCAUGCUUGUCGUCCCUACCUGCUCCUAUGUCUCCGACACAUUUCUUCCUCGAAAUUCUUCAUGGAACUCACUUGUAUACAAUGAGGAGAAAAAAUCAUGUAUGUGAAAUUCUACAGUGUGCUUUUGGCUUUCUGGAAUAAAUGUUGCAUGUUAGUAGAACAUGUUUGUUGUCUUCUGUUAUUGAUGUUGAGACUAAAAUCUUAUAACUAGUCAAUUGUUUGUAUUCACUUCUGAGCCAAUUUUGUGACAAUAUAUUCUCAGCUUUUGGACAAACCAUUUAAUCCUAGUGAAUGAGUUCCUUUUGUAUUCA